AUGGGAUUCUCGGAACGUUCUAAGAAAGCUUUGCUCGCCACCACUGCUGGUUUAACUCCAGACUCUACUCAAUCUACCUCCCCUCCCCCUCAGUCUACUUGGGAAGUCGACGAGGAAGAUCCGCAUCCAUUCCUCCAAUUUAUCUUCAAUUAUAAACCGAGAGCUAUCUUGGAAGCCGAAGGGAUCAUUCCGAGAGCAGGUGGACCGGCUGGAUCUUCUCCACAGUCAAGAAAUAUCAGAUAUGUUGAUGUGGAUGAUGAGAUUUCAGUCGUCAAGAGGAAGACAACAGCUAAAGAAGAAAAGAAACCAAACCUGAGGGAGAACCCAAUCGAAAUCAAAUCAGAUUCAGAUUCAGAAUCAGAAGACCAAGAACAAGAUCACAAAAAGAAACAUGAUCAUCAGAAGAACAAACGGAUCGAGAGGGCGAAUAAACAGGUCACUCCAGCUGAGACUGACUCCAAACCUACUUCCAAAUUGCAGACUGUAAAUCAGAAAACUGGGCACUCCCAAAAGCCUAAUUUCUUGGACUUGACCGGGUCUGAUACCGAGUAAAAUGCACGUGUCAUCUUGUAUACUCGUCCUCCUCAUUAUAGGGCUUCCAAUCUGAUCCCCCCCCCCCACCC